AUAAGAUGGUGUGUACUCCACACCAACGACAAGUUACAUUCACUCAAGCCAAACGUUUAUGUUGCCUCAACGUUUGCAUUGCAUUCAUCGCGUCCAUACCUCAACUACUUCUUCAAGGGAUUCACAGUAGACGGACACCUAUCCCGGACAUUGUUGGUCACCAUUGUCAAGUAGACGACAGCUAUGUGCCGACUGUAUGGCCUGGACUUAGCUCUGCUUUCUUAUUUCUUUUCUUUGUUCUCAGCUGCACCACGGUGACCUACAUGUACUUUCACAUAAGAAUAAAAGUUAAAAGUCAAAGAAAUAAGUUUCAGAAACGAACUCGGAGCAGGCUGAGUCACAUCGUGUGUGAGCUUACAGAAGGUAGCAUGGUCCUAAAUAACACUGAUAUACAUAGCUAUCACACAACUGCAGUAGCUUCAAGCAUCGUUGACCUAAGUUGUAUUUCAAAAGACGGCAGUGGCAUAGACAUAAUGGGCGACCAUAACUUUGCCAUAGAGAACGAUAGUAUAGAAAAUGUAUUACAAACUGGUAACGAAUCGGACGUUCCAAUCAACUGUCCAAACAUUAUGUCAGAAGGUAAACACGUAUCAAUCAACGACUGCAUAGUUUCCAAUGUAUUUAUGACAUCACAGAAUUCUCCAGAGUCCAGGAAGGCACGCUUAAUAGAGAAAAACAAAAUAAUUGAGCCUAUUGUAUUGAUCAAUAAUCAGGACAGUAGUGUACUAUUCGAUAGUUUGAGUUCAAAACAUAACAACUGCGUUUUUCCAAACGAUUCAAAAACAACAAAAACAAAUAUGUUUCCCAAAGAUACUCACAUGGACUAUCUGGACAUACCAAGUAAACGUGAAGUCUCUUCCAACAGAAUCAAUUUAGUCAUGUUUAUAGUUACACUGGUAUACUUUCUUGCUUUCAUUCCUUUCCUUGCUCUGAAUGUGUUCUCAGCAAUAUACCCCGAGACUGUAGCAUCACUUGAAGGGGUUUCCCUGGCAUUCUAUAUGCUAUUUUUAGAUUCGUACUUUUUAAACUGUGCUGUUAACCCUCUCGUGUACAGCUUACUUGAUAACAAAUUCAAGAAGCUCAGUCUUGAACUCUUAUCGUGUUGUCAAUAGAUGUACAAACUAUUUUCUGUUGAAACAAACCAAUAUUCAAAUGUAUCAGACUGAAUAGAUUACGUCUCCUAAAAUCGUGUAAAAAAAAUUUGAAUAUAAAAAUAAAAGCUGUAGAAUAAUUAAAAACAUUGGUAAUGAGAUCAUUUCUGCAGAGUGAACAAAUAAAGCACAUUCCCUGGAUCUGUA